AUGGAAAGUUGGACAACAGGUGGAUGGUCUCAAGUAAACACGGACUACUCAGUGUCAAAACUUGUUGUGAAUGCAUACACAAGGUUUAUGGCAAAGACACUUUCAGAUUGCCCAGAGGGUCAGAAGAUAUACAUCAAUUGCUACUGCCCGGGUUGGGUGAAGACUGCAUUGACUGGUUGGUCUGGGCAUAAUUUACCGGAGGAAGGGGCUGACACUGCAGUGUGGCUUGCCCUGCUACCAGAUCAGUUUGUGAGUGGCAAAUUUUUUGCUGAGAGACGCGAGAUAAGUUUCUAA